GACAAGGUUCCUCACGCUGAGGACAAGGUUUCUCACGAUGAGGACAAGGUUUCUCACGGUGAGGACAAGGUUCUUCACGCUGAGCACAAGGUUCCUCACGCUGAGGACAAUGUUUCUCACGCUGAGGACAAGGUUCCUCACGCUGAGGACAAG